CCGCCCGCCCUUCCGGGAGGCUCGGAGGCACCGAGGCAGGGCCCGGGCAGCGCCGGGGCCGUGAGCGGCGGCGCAGCGGAGCCCGGCCCGGCUCGCGGGGCAGCCGGAGGAAGAUGAACCUGAAAUCGGAGCGCAGGGGGAUCCACGUGGACCAGUCGGAGCUGCUGUGCAAGAAGGGCUGUGGUUACUAUGGCAAUCCUGCCUGGCAGGGCUUUUGCUCCAAGUGCUGGAGGGAGGAAUACCACAAGGCCAGGCAGAAGCAGAUCCAGGAGGAUUGGGAGCUGGCAGAGCGGCUCCAGCGUGAGGAGGAGGAAGCCUAUGCCAGCAGCCAGAGCACCCAAGGGGCACAGUCCCUGACCUUCUCAAAGUUUGAGGAGAAGAAAACCAAUGAAAAAACAAGAAAGGUCACUACUGUGAAGAAGUUCUUCACUGCUUCCUCCAGAGCAGGAGCUAAGAAGGCAGCUGAAGAGAAAACCCCUAAGCAAGGACAGCUUGGGAGGGAGAGAAAUGCUGAUAACAUUCUCAGGGAUUUGAAGGAGAUUUUUACUCCCUCCUGGGAACUGUCUUCCCCUUCUGAAGCGUUGGCUGGCAAGCUGAAAGAGAUCCAGGAGGCCAAAGCUCCCAGUCCUUCCAUCCACAGGCAGGCCAGCAUUGAGACAGACAGAGUGUCCAAGGAGUUCAUAGAAUUCAUCAGGACAUACCAGAAGCCUGGCCAGGAUAUCUACAAGCAGUGCAAGCUCUUCUUGGACACCAUGAGUCAUAAAAGGGAUUUAAGCAUUGAGGAACAAUCUGAAUGUGCCCAGGAUUUCUACCAAAAUGUAGCAGACAGGCUGCAGACACGUUGGAAAGUGCCCCCUGAAAAAGUGGAGAAGGCAAUGGAUGAGGUUGAGAAAUACAUCAUGACUCGCCAGUAUAAAUAUGUUUUUUGCCCUGAGACAACUGAUGAUGAGAAGAAAGACCUUGCUGUCCAAAAGAGGAUCAGGGCUUUGCACUGGGUGACUCCCCAGAUGCUGUGUGUUCCUGUCAGUGAGGAAAUCCCAGAAGUCUCUGACAUGGUUGUGAAGGCAAUUACAGACAUCAUCGAGAUGGACUCCAAGCGUGUCCCUCGGGAUAAACUGGCCUGCAUCACCAAAUGCAGCAAGCAUAUCUUCAAUGCUAUCAAAAUCACCAAAAAUGAGCCAGCCUCUGCUGAUGAUUUCCUGCCCACCCUGAUUUACAUCGUGCUGAAGGGGAACCCCCCACGCCUGCAGUCCAACAUCCAGUACAUCACUCGCUUCUGCAACCCCAGCAGGCUGAUGACUGGGGAGGAUGGAUAUUAUUUUACCAACCUGUGCUGUGCUGUGGCCUUCAUUGAAAAACUGGAUGCUCAGUCUUUAAAUCUGAGCCAGGAAGAUUUUGAUCAUUUCAUGACGGGCCAGACCUCCCCAAAAAAGCAGGAUUCUGACAGUUUCUCCCCUGAUGUGUGCCUGGGGGUGAAGCAGAUGUGCAAAAGCUUAGAUCUCCUCUCUCAGUUGAAUGAGAGACAGGAAAGAAUUGUCAGUGAAGCCAAGAAGCUGGAGAAAGACCUCAUUGAUUGGACUGAUGGCAUCACCAAGGAGGUGGAGGAUAUUGUGGAGAAAUAUCCUUUAGAAAUCAAACCAAAAAGUCAAGCCUUAGCAGCCAUUGACUCUGAAAACGUGGAGAAUGACAAGCUGCCCCCACCACUGCAGCCUCAGGUUUAUGCAGGAUAAUUAUCCUCAGUCAGUUGGGAAAGGAAGGAAAUUUAAGGCUUAAAAAAAAAAAAAAAA